GUUAGGUUUAUAUCAUCAUCUGUAUAUACAGGGCAAAAGAAAGCCAAAACAAGGAGGAGAAAAAACGCAUACAAUUACUUUCAGAACAGGUCAUCUAGCUUUCCGAUAUUGACUUACUCAUGGAUACCCUGUCUCCGUCUCAGCCACCACUUCCGUCAUCGGAGGACAAGACUGCAGCUCUGGAUCCUGUGCUUCAUGCAUUCGGGUUCAAGAUUGAACAAGUGACUCCCCGAAAGGUCUCUGGUCAACUAAGAGUCACCGAAAAGAGCUGCCAGCCAUUCAAGGUGUUACAUGGAGGUGUGUCAGCUCUGAUAUCGGAGUCUCUGGCUAGCAUAGGAGCUCACCUGGCUUCUGGUUUACAAAGGGUGGCUGGAAUUCAACUCAGUAUCAACCACAUGAAACGAGCUGAGCUCGGUGAUCUUAUCUACGCUGAAGCCUCACUGAUCACCGUUGGCAGAACCAUUCAGGUUUGGGAGGUGCGAAUUUCGAAGAUUGAUCCUUCAAACCCAGGCAUAAAAUCCUUAGUAUCCUCUUCAAGAGUUACUCUUAUAUGCAACAUGCCAGUGCCAGAGCAUGCAAAAGAUGCAAGUCAAGCCCUCAAGAAAUUUGAUGAAGAACGAUCGAUUUGGCAACUUGAUGAUUCUUUGUGGACUUGGAUUUGGAUUUGGAUUUGAUGAAGAACGAGCGAUUUGGUAGCUUGACGAUUCUUCGAGGACUUGAGUUCGAUUUGGAUUUGGAUUUGAUGAAGAACGAGCGAUUUGGUGGCUUGAUGAUUCUUCGUGGAUUUGAUGAUCUUCGUAGACUUGAUGAUCUUCGUGGACUUGAGAGACUUCGGGAUUUGUCGAGAGUGAUCUUGCUCAAGUGAUUUUCUCUCUUCUUCUCAAGUCCCAUUCUCUUCAUGUUGGAAGGGGUAUUUAUAGUGUCAA